GCUCGCGGCCACGUGACCGGCGCGAACAUGGCGGCGCCCAGCCGCGUCCACCUGCUCGUCCGCAGAGGUUGUCACAGAAUUUUGUCUUCACUCAAUCCUGUCUACUUAUAUAAGCAGUCAAGAAAGCAACAAAGAAGACAUUUCAUUUUCCGAAGACAAAGGAACAUUUCCCACAGUAUCGUCUCCCCGGCCGUGGUUUCUUCAGCUCAUCCAGUCCCCAAGCACAUAAAGAAGCCAGACUAUGUGACGACAGGCAUUGUACCCGACUGGGGAGACAACAUCGAAGUGAAGAAUGAAGAUCAGAUCCAAGGGCUGCAUCAGGCCUGUCAGCUGGCCCGCCAUGUCCUCCUCCUGGCGGGGAAGAGUUUAAAGGUUGACAUGACAACUGAAGAGAUAGAUGCCCUCGUCCACCAGGAAAUCAUCAGUCAUAAUGCCUACCCCUCACCUCUAGGCUACAGAGGUUUUCCAAAAUCUGUGUGUACCUCUGUCAACAACGUGCUCUGCCAUGGUAUUCCCGACAGUCGACCUCUUCAGGAUGGCGAUAUUAUCAACAUUGAUGUCACAGUCUAUUUCAACGGCUACCACGGGGACACCUCGGAGACAUUUUUGGUGGGCAAUGUGGAUGAACGUGGUAAAAAGCUAGUAGAGGUUGCCAGGAGGUGUAGAGAUGAAGCAAUUGCAGCCUGCAGAGUGGGGGCCCCCUUCUCUGUAAUUGGAAACACAAUCAGCCGUAUAACUCAACAGAAUGGUUUGCAAGUCUGCCCACAUUUUGUGGGACAUGGAAUAGGAUCGUACUUUCAUGGACAUCCAGAAAUUUGGCAUCAUGCAAAUGACAACGAUCUCCGCAUGGAGGAGGGCAUGGCAUUCACCAUAGAGCCCAUUAUCACGGAGGGAUCUCCUGAAUUUCAGGUCCUGGAGGACGCGUGGACUGCGGUCUCUCUGGACAACCAAAGGUCUGCCCAGUUUGAGCACACGGUGCUCAUCACUUCGGGGGGUGCGCACAUCCUCACCAAGCUGCCCCAUGAGGCCUGAGGAGCAGCUGCGGGCC